GCCCGUCUUAGCCUUAUCCAGUCGCCCGCCUUUCCAAGCAUAUUGAUUUUCUGUCACCAUGUCCCACGAACUCUCCGUUCCCGGCGUCAUUCCUUUCCAUCUAUCUAAGUAUGGGACUCCUGAGGAGUACCGCAAGCGCAAGGUCGCACUCAUUACCGGUAUCACCGGUCAAGACGGUUCCUAUCUCACCGAGCUGCUGAUCUCGAAGGGUUAUGAGGUACAUGGUAUCAUCCGGCGAAGCUCUAGCUUCAACACCGGAAGGCUGCAUCACCUGUACACAGAUAUCCAUGAGGGGCCUUCUCAGCUCCAUAUGCACUAUGGUGACCUGAGCGACUCUACCAACUUGGUGUACAUUAUGGCACACGUCCAGCCAACAGAAGUUUACAACCUCGGCGCUCAGAGUCACGUUAAGGUUUCGUUCGAGAUGGCGGAGUAUACCGCUGAUGUUGAUGGAAUUGGCACUCUGCGUCUACUUGAUGCGAUCCGUACUUGCGGUCUGGAACACCACAUUCGCUUCUACCAGGCUUCGACGUCCGAGCUGUACGGAAAGGUCCAGGAGAUCCCGCAGAGCGAGACGACUCCUUUCUACCCUCGUUCUCCUUACGCAGCAGCGAAGCUAUAUUCUUACUGGAUCACUGUCAACUACCGGGAAUCUUACAACAUGUAUGCGUGCAACGGGAUUCUUUUCAACCAUGAGAGCCCCAGGCGAGGACGGACGUUCGUCACGAGGAAGAUCACGCGCGCUGUUGCCGAUAUUCAUCUUGGCAAGCAGUCGUGCCUGUACUUGGGUAAUCUGGACGCCAAACGUGACUGGGGUCAUGCUCGCGACUACGUGGAGGGCAUGUGGAUGAUCCUUCAGCAAGAAGAGCCAACGGACUUCGUUCUCGCCACCGGCGAGACUCACAUGGUCCGUGAAUUUGUGGAGAAGUCAUUCGCUGUUCUGGGCACCACAAUCCAGUGGCAGGGCGAGGGUGUGGACGAGGUUGGCUGGGAUGUUGAGAAGAGGAAAAUCGUCGUUCGCGUUGAUCCUCGGUACUUCCGUCCCGCGGAAGUCGAAUUGCUUCUUGGGAAUCCUGCGAAGGCGGAAAAGCUCCUGGGUUGGCGUCGCAAGGUAGAUUUCGACAGUCUUGUGGAGGAGAUGGUACAGUACGACCUGAAGGCGUCGGCCGACCUCGUUGAGGACCAGAACUGAAGAGAGCAAGGAAAAGCGAUACAUAAUAUAUGGAGUGGGCUAUAUGACCAGAUGGGUGCCACUGCGAUCAAAGAGAAGAGAAAAUCGAAGCUCGAGCAUAAUGAUGCUCGUUGCUUGUACCUACGCGUUGUCUUAUUGCGAUAAUGCGAGAACGUGUUACAAGAAUAUCAUAAAAUAAGGAACUGUCCUUAUAUCCCUAUCUGGUAACUAAGGGGGAUAAUGUCUCUGGUCACUCGCACGGAUUCAUGGUAGUCAGUGAAGUGUACUGGAUCGCUUGUACUACCAAAUGACUUCCCAGGUUGGUGAGAGUGACCGUAUGAGUCUUAUUCGCGUCCAAGUACUGCGCGUACCAGAGCACCGCACCGGCCGCGAAAUCCGCGGGAACUACCACAUUCUUCGAGAUAUAGACUGGGGACGGAAUGCCGUCCAGCGUGAUAAUGUAAGCAGAGCCGUCUGGAACCACUUCACCAAAUAUCUGGGAUUCUGUGCCUUUGAACGAGUAUUCCAGAGUCGACCCAAACGUGUGUGAAGUGUAUUGAGUGAAAUCUGGGCUAGAGGAUCCCCACAUCGGGAUAGUAACAGUCUCUUCGCUCCACUCUCCGAUCUUCUUCAGAUCUUCAUCAGGAAGAUAGUAUGCCAGCGGGGACAUGCAAGCAGGAUACCGAGGAACGAAUUCAACCAGAUGGAACCAAGCCUCUUGCCUUUCUUCCGGGCAGAAGAAUUCAACCUCGACGUGAUAAUUAUCCGUGGGCAACACGUAGUUGUACCCAUACGGAUAAUCUUGAAGAACCCCAUUGAUGGUCGUGUUCGUCCAGCAAGCUGCUGGUGGGUCGUCGACAGGAGGUGCGAGGAGCCCAGUCAACUGGAAGGGUCUGCCAUAGAAAUCGAACGAGAGGGAUGCCUUAUCGAGGGAUGUUGCAUAUGAGGGUUCAUUUCCGAACGGAACGUUGAACACCCAGCUCGUAGAAGGGUCUGUUCCAAUGGAAGGGGAGAAGGUCAACGUCGGUGACCCAGCCAUAGGAGAGGAAUACGCGUUCUGUAGAGCAGACAUUGUGCGACGUACGAAGGGAGCGCCUAUGUGCAGAUGUGUUUGAACUGCCCGUUGUACUUGAGCAUAGAGCGGCUGUUUAUAACCUGCAAGAGGGCGAAGAACACCCUUCGUUUGGACUGGGCCGGCCCAUCGAUAUUCCAGGAAUAACAACUUGGCACGAGCUGCAGUCCGGAUCUCUUCUCGCUUGAUGAGCGGGAGAAGCUCAAAGCACCAGUUCGCAACAUCCGUCCCGAUCGGAACUAGCAUACCGGAACCAGAGAAUGCGCCCUUCCAUCCGCAAGGAGGUUUUGGC